ACCCCGCCACAAAUUCGAAAUGGCAGCCCUCGAACCUAGAGGCGGCGCCUCAGGAAAACCUGGGCGUUUUCUCAUGGGCUUUUGUGGAAACUGCCUGGGCCGCGCAGAGGCCUCGCCGGACUACAAAUCCCAGGAUUCCAAGGGAGGGAAGCAAAGGCGGGUUUGUCAGCCGCCACCAAAGGCGAGAGACAUGGAGGAGGCGGACAAGACGCCGUCCCUUGGCAGAGGCGCCCUCCAGAAGGGGCCGCGGGGCUGGAGGAGGGGAGCCCGUCUUCUCAGGAAAGAGUCUUUGAGAAGACUUGCUAACAUGGGCAAGGGCGGUCUGAUUGGAGGAGCCCUAGGAAUAGGUCUCACCGCCUGUGCUAUCCCAGCCCUCCUUGGGGUCGUGGGCUUCACCAGUGGAGGCAUUGCAGCCGGAUCUUUUGCUGCGAAGAUGAUGUCAGCCUCAGCCGUUGCCGCCGGCGGAGGAGUGCCGGCUGGCAGCACCGUGGCAGUGCUCCAAUCUGUGGGUGCAGCCGGACUUGCUACAAGUACCAAAGCCGGCGUGACGGCUGUGACGGCCAGUGUCGGGGCAGGCAUUGGGGCUUCCAAGAAGCCCCUCGGCCCAUUGAUUCGGCUGUGGAAAGCCAAAUGGUAUCGAUAGAUAGGAUGCAAUAAAGAUUUCCUGAUUGGAACAGAAAACGCACAAAAACAAAGUGAUGUAUGUUGUCGCUCUUUCUACUGAGUGAACCUGUGAAGAGUAAAGGAAGCCGGGGACAUGUCUUGGCAUUUAUAAGUUUUAUAUGUUUUAAAGCAAAUAAAAUUUCAAGAACGGCG